AUGAUUCAAGGGAGAUAUUCCUUAACAUUGGUCCUAAUCCUUACCUUAAUUUUACUGUCGUUAGCGACAUUGAAAGGAGAGCACAUACUAGAGAGGCAGAAAAUUGGAAAGUUGGAUUGUGCUGUUCUUUCCCCUCCUUCGCCGGAAGUUGAUUCCGUGCUAAUUUGGCUUCACGGUUUAGGGGACAGUCAUGAUGGUUUUAUCGGAAUCUUAAAAUCGAUACUUCCUUCCAACACCGUUGCAAUAAUUCCCACUGCUCCAAAAAGAGCAAUUACGUUGUACAGAGGAAGAGAAACGAACGCAUGGUUUGACAUAAAAUCUCAAAAUCGGAUUGCAAACGUUCAAGAAGAUACGGAAGGCAUGAUGGAAUCGAAAACCCUGAUCGACGAAAUUAUUUCCGCUCAGAUGCAGAAGUUUAAGUCCCAUAGAAUUGUCAUUGGAGGUUUCUCGCAGGGAGCUGCCAUGAGUAUUUUGGUGGCAAGUCGAUCCUCUCAAACAUUGGGAGGUAUAAUUAGCGUAUCAGGAUUUGUUCCAAUGAGAUCAAAAUUCAAUACUGCCACUGACAUGGUGUUAAGGCAAAACGCACAAACACCAUUCUAUAUUUUACAUGGAGAUGAUGACAUUGUUGUAAAUUAUAGCUUGAUUGCGAAGAGAUCGUAUGAUUGGUUAGAAGAGGCUAAAACAAUAACAGCUAGGAAGAUUUACAAACAUGUUGGGCACUUUAUUUCAGAUCAGGAAAAGAAGGACCUUAAAGAUAUACUGGCACAACUGUUUGUAAAAUCCAUCGAUGUCAGUGAGCAAUGUCCUCAUUGUAACUUCUAA